ACCAGGAAGUGAAUGAAGUGCAAAUGUAAAAAAGCUCUUUGAAAAUGUCCUGUUUUCUGGACGAUCACUAUUUGUCACCACCUUAUAUCGUUAUUCCGAAAUUCCCUACGUUACAGUGAUCUUUUCUAAAAUAGAAAGAAAAUGAAAUUAUAGCCUGUGUUCGUACUCAACAAAGCCAGUAUGACGUCCCUGCAGCGGAGUUUAUCCCAGUACUCUCGGAACCGUAGUCCAAGGCGGUCACCUCAACCUCAACCGAAAUGCCAACAAAAACGCCUUAAAGCUGGCUUCCUGAGGAAGCAAGGAGGAAACUUCAAAACAUGGACCAAUCGGUGGUUUGUGAUACGCGGAGACCAGAUGUAUUAUUACGCAAAAGACGACGAGGUCAAGGAAUUGGGGGUAAUUCCCCUGCCGGGUAACAAGGUGGUCAGUCAUCCACACAGCAUGGAGGAACCAGGAAAAUAUUUAUUUGAGAUACUUGCAGGUCGUGGUCAAGCUAGAGUGACGGCAGCACAUGAAACUUAUCUGAUCUGGGCAAGCACUAAAGAGGAGCGGGAAUCAUGGAUCAGCACCAUUAAUAGAGUCAUCUAUGCGCAAAGUGGUGGAGGCGUGUUUGGUCAGUCGUUAGCCGAAACCAUGAUGCAUGAGAGGAGAAGAAAAACUGGAAGGUCUGUUCCGAAAGUCGUCGAGGACUGUGUCAAUUAUCUCACUGCACAUGGAAUGGACGUUGAGGGAAUAUUUAGGCUGCCUGGUCUCAGCAAAACGAUAAAGAAGCUAAAAUUGGACUAUGACAUGGCAGUGGACAUCGAUUUGACUCGAGAUGAGGUUGACGUCAACUCGAUUGCAUCGCUGCUGAAGCUGUACUUCCGUGAACUUCCCGAGCCUGUGAUACCGUUUCAGUACUAUGAAAUGUUCCUAACUAUGGGCUUAAAAGUCGAACAUGGUGAUACGCGAGCAAUGGAUACGAUACGUUCACUGUUGGAUCAGCUUCCUGUCGACAAUUACAACUUACUUGAGUAUCUUUGUAAGUUCUUGGAGGAAGUCAGCAAACAUUGUGAUGAGAAUAAAAUGCCAGCCAUGAAUCUUGCGCUGGUGUUUGGCCCGAACGUUCUGAAGUGUAACAUUGAUGAUCCAUCGCUUUUGAUGGACACAACAUCCUUGACAACAAAGACUGUGUUCAUUUUCAUACUAAAACACGAUGAGAUUUUUAUCAGGGAGAUUGAUGAAAGCAGCCCACAGGGCAGUACUGACAAUUCAUUGACUUUUAAUUCAAGAACUCUUGGAAGGCCAAAAAGUCCCUUGGCUUCAUCAUCUGAAAAUAGUCCUGUGCAAAGAAGACCGAUGAAAAGUCCUUUAUGCAGGUCCUUGCCACAACAGUCUGAGCCUUUUCGGGGUGAUUUGCCAUUACUGUCCCCUGAGACAGGAGAAGCCAAAUCUCUUACUAGUCUCAGUGACCUUAGCGAUGAUAGCAUUAGGGAGAAAAUUUAUACUAUGACAGCUGAAGGCAGAGUGUCCUAUCGAUCUGGGUCUAAUUCCCGGCGAAACACACGAUCCGAUCAAAUUGGAAAAUGUCGACAAUAUGCUAGCGAAUCGUGGGAGCCAUCUUCUUCAGAAUCGUCACCAGAGAUUCUCGAGAGUUCUACUAUCCGUGAUGGAAUUCAACGAAAUAUUUCUGGUUCUGCAUCAGGAAAUGAACAGCCAGUGUCAAUAAAGCCCAUGCCUCCAAAAAGAACAAAUAGAAAAAAUAGUGAAAAGGACAAUGUUGACAUUUCAAACUCUCUUCAACAGCCUAUUGGGGUUGAAAGGUCUGUGCUAAGCGGUGAGCCUGGUGGAAAUGUAGCCUCUUCUGAGUUCAUCAAAUCUAUUCCACCCAAGCGCAACUCUAGGAAAAAGCAUAAUCGGAAUCCAAGUGAUGCAAACAGUGAGGUGUCUGUGGAGUCUCUGUCUAGCCUGAGGGACACUGAGGAUGACGCACAGAGUGUUCCUGGGUCUGGUUAUUCCUCUCCCUCUGGCGUGGCUCUAAAAGGUGCUAGUAUGAAUGAGGCCGAUUCAGCAAUGGUUGCAACCCUGAUGAAGACCGUAACUUCGUUGGAACAGGCGCUGCAAGAACAGGACAUGAGACGUCACCGAGAAGUCAACGAGGUGAAGCAGAAGUAUGACACCAAGAUGAAAACAAUGGAGGACACCUUCAAGGAGAAGAUCAACCAUAUGGCAAACCUGCUGAUGGACCAAAAGGUGGCCAUGUCGCAGACUGUUGACAGAAUUGUCGUAGUGCAGGCAGAACUUCAGAGAUACCAGAUGAAGUAUGGCCAUUUGGAAAAUGCUUCAGAUGUGAAGCAGUAAUGUACAGUAUCACUUAUGCGAAAAAACUGAAUAACUGAAUUGGCCUCUCACCAAGGGGAGGGGAUGUACACACCCUUCUGGAUCCGGUGGUUUUCUUUUCUAGUUUUAUACAAAGCAUGUUGAAUGUUGAAUGUUCAAGAACAGACUUCUAACUUUCUAGUGAAUUGGUUCCAUAUAUUUUCACUUGACCAUCCUGAACUGGGGCAUUAUUUUAUAGUCCUGAUGUUUGCCUGUAUACCCACCUUAUGUUACUUCUUCUCUCAGGCUUUUUGCCUUUUAGGCAUGUCUCGCUCCAAGUGUACAGAAAAGUUUUUAAUUGGUGCUGUGAAAAUGCGUGGGUUUGUAUAUACAUGUAUCUCCCAACUUUCCGCCAUAAGCGAUCUUUGAAUCAAAUUCUAAAAUGGUUUAUUUACAAUAUAUUAUAGUUGUUAUGAAGUUCAUUUACUCUGGAUGGUUGUGCUAUUAUCCUUAUGUGUCUCUACUGCGGUAAAGCAGUGGGUGGCUACUCCGAUGAGUAUCAAUACAAGCUUUGAAAGCUUUUACCUUCAUUGUGCUACAUUGCAUAAGGUAUGAAACUGUGUCGAUGCUUAGCCGGUUGAGGGAUACCUGAAUAAAAGUCCAUAUUCCGUGUAAAACACCAAGUGAAACAAACCAGCUAGAGGUUGAUACAAUGUCAAAAUGUGAUCGUGAGAGAGACAUUUUCAUGUAAACUUUUGUCAGUAUGAAGUUUCUAGAUUUAUGCAGCAUUGUAUAGCAUAUGGAGCAAUUUCUGUACUGCAUGUGUUAGUGUGUAUAUGAAGGCCUACAUAACUGCUACUGCGGUAUAGCCAGUGUUGGCAUUAACCAAAAUAAUUAAUCCUGUUCGGCAAUUUUAACAAUGGCUUUGAAGUAAUGAAUAACACUAUGUGAUAGGUGCCUGCUAGUAAGACGUCGCUGAUGAGGUUGUAACAUAUUCGUAUCGCCAUUUCAAAGUAAAGUCCACUUGAUUUUUUGGAAAAUAGAUAAUGGUGAUCUUUUUACAACUGAAACAUGUGAUCAUGGCUUCCUCUGAUGAGGGACUUUAACACAAGAUGACUGGAAACUGUCAAACAAUGUCAUUUUGCUUUACCCCAGAGACAGCCAGCACCACUUUGCAGCAGCUGAAGUUAUAACAGAAAGCCAUUGCAAUGCAUGUAUUCAGGUACGCUAGGUUCUCAUUUUAUUGGCGACUGUUGAUUAUAUUUUCAAUUGAUAUAGAAUAAUAAUACAAAAAACAGAAAUUGCGUAUUUUGAGUCUUUUAUUCCUCGAGGCUUGUUGUAUUCUGCGAACUCUGAUCAUUGCUUGUACUUGUAUUUGUUUCUGAAGAUGGAUAAAACAUUACCGUACAUACAUGUAGCAUGAUCAGAGAAAUGCCUCUCAAUGAUGCUCAAUCAUGAAGAAAUGAGAUCAACAACAUAUAUUCUUGGUUAAUA